GAUAAAUACCAAUUUUUAAAAUUGAAUUUGGUGAUAAGUCUAGUUUGCGUCUUUUUAGAUUAGAAUGUUGUAUUUAGUGUUGCAUACAGUAAAACCACAUUUAAACUUAUAUAAGCGUCACACUGACAAGUUUUUAUAAUUUUACACAAGAUUUACAAAAUAUGAAGCAUUAUAUAUUUAUAUUCGCAUUAUUAUCUUUAAUUAUAAAGGUUAAAAAUGUGCAAUACAUUAGUUUAACUCCCGAAGACAAAGAAUACUUGAAAAGACAACUGCCGAAGAAUCACAAAUAUAGUUUACCAAUGCAACAGAUAUUCAACGAAUCUCAUUUAAAAAUAUAUGACGACCGAGCCAAACGACAAUAUAUGAUUUAUCCACCUGACCCUUAUCAUGGUGCAGCACCUGCAUAUCAAUUAAACCUACCUAUCAUGGCAGCAAUGCCCCCGCAAACAAAUCCUUACGUUGUCAUGCCUCAACAUGAUGCCUAUAUGCCUGAAGGUCCUCAUCAUCAACAGAUUCAAGCAAGAGCAAAUUAUCCCCAUUUACCGAUUCCAGAAUCUAUAAAAGUCACGACCGCUUUAUUAGAUCCUUCAAAUUGGAAUGAUUUGAGAUUUGAGAAUUUCUCUCCAACCACUGUAAAAUUCGAUUUGGAUGGUAUUGCGAAUAAGGCGUUUGAUGAAGCGAUAAAAUCAAGAAAAGAUUCAGUUUCAGAACCACAUACUGAAUCUAUAUGGAAAACUGCAUCGCUUACUAAAAGAAAGGUGUUGGAAGAAACAACAGCUCUCGCUACAGCAACAACACCUUUGAAAGAUUUACAAAAAGUAUCAAGUGGGAAGGAUUUUGCAGAAUAUGCUACGCAACCUACGAAACAAACUCGUGAAAUGAUGAAAACCACACUUGGAAUUAGAUCUGUUUUGGAAAGGGGUUUAGGCAUUGAAUUAUCUGCGUUCAAUCAGUCAGAAUGUGAAGCAAUGACACCAGAAGGUGGUGUCAGUAUCCCAUCGUUACCCCCAUUGAGUCCUAUAAAAAGCAUUGUACCUACUCCUAGUUUAUCAGGAAGCCCACAAAAAGAUGCAGCGCUCAAAGAUAAGUUGAUACAAAUUUUGGAGGAUGUAGAAUCUAUGAAGUCAAAAGUACCUGCACCCAAGGAAGGUCUUCCUUGUUCAAUAGUAGGCAAAUGGAUCUCAUCAUUAGCUGGAGGUGGUUUUGAGAUUGAUCAAACAAAUGGUAUUAAUUUUAAUGUUCCGAUUCUUCCGAGUUUGGGUGAUGGGUUUCUGAAAAACGGAGAAUGGAGGAUCACGGCUUCCACCCCAUUAGAAAAUGGCGGAUUGUUUGUGUUAACUGCUACUAGAUUAUGUGAUCUUUCAAUGGCGACAUUUACAGGCGAAUGUCGAACUUGUAACAGCGAAGAAAUUGUCACUGGUCAUUGGUUAAUGGUGAAACCAGCCUUGACCUGUGAAGAAAUGAAUAAAGGACAAGAUUUUUUCGGGGAUACAUGGAGACGUCAAGCCCCACCUACUACUGGUGGUGAAUGUGCAACAGAAAAAAUCAAUUAAUCAUGUGCUUUGUUUGUUUCAAAGUAUAACCUCUAAAUGUAACUAGGCGUGCGCAUUUAACCGCUUCCAAUUUCGAUUACACCUUCAGUUGUUCUUGUGCACCGAAGAUUGUUACAUCCUUCCGUGCGCGCGUUUAUGCAACGCAGCGAUUGCGCAAGCGCAGUAGCACAACCGAAAUGAAUUAUGAAGCGAAUCAUUAAGAGAAGCAGCCAUCAACACGAUAAGCAUCGAAUAACGAGUAGAAAAAGUGAAACGACAACUCACUGCACGACAAUGCCUCGGCGCGUUAAAGUUAAUCAUUAUUAUCUUCUAAUGACAAAAGGUGUAGAAAUUGUGUGUAUAAAAAGUCAGGCGUACGCUUGAAAAUUCUUCAGUUCAAAUUUAAACUUACCACCAACAAUAUGG